CUGGCAUGUUUACGUCGUGAUAACGUACAUUAUGUAUUAGCGGGAAGGGACGGCAGCCAUUCCGGAGAGUCAUUAAUCCAACUGCUCACGUGGUAUCACGACAGUUCCUCCGCCAGGCCACCGUAGCUUGUUUCAUGAUAAGCGCAACUACUGCUAGCGGAACUGAGAAACAAAAUUAGCUCAGAAGUGCCGGUCACGUGGAAAUCCCCCCACUUUAAAGUCAGUUGGGAGUUAUUCCACUCUUCCUAAGGGCGUCUGAGAUUGUGCGAAUUAUAUUCGACUCUGUCAUUCUAUCCUUUUGGUACUCGUGCUGUUUCUUAAAGUGCAAUGAAUGGUCAAGCAAACGGGAAUGAGAAGGCGCCUGCCGUUCAGGUCUCAAACCUCGCGCGAGACCAGAGCGGCGCGUACGUUCCUUCCAGGGCGCUCGAGCUCAUUCCCGAAAUUGUCCCUAUACUUCACACUUUCCUAUCCGGAGAUAUGAAAGAGGCCGAUGAGCAACUCAAGAAUGGAGAUCCCAGAGGCGAGACGCUGUACUAUUCUCUCGGUCGAUGUGUUAUCGAAUCCCUCAAGGCGUUCAUGUCCUUUGAACACGCUGACCUCCGUGACGCUAUAGAGAUCAGCAAACAUUGCGGGGCCGUGUCCCAAGCCCACCGUCGUCAUGUUACCUCCAUGGCGUCGCGCAUAUCUGGCUUUAUUAGUCGCUCAACUAGUGGUACAGCUUGGAUCAAAGGCAUGAAUGACGUGGAGCGUCAUGCUGAGCUAUGUUACCAGGAGCACCUCCUUAUAAAGGCUGUCCUGGGUAUUUUGUACUCCGGAGACUGGUUCCAAUUCAUUAAGGAGGCGUUACAUCUUCGUUCAGCGAAUAUCGCAUAUCGAACCAUGAACGAGUUUCUGCGUGAAGCUGAUGUCGCAGCGGAUGGGUAUGACAACCUCAUUGAUCAGCAUUUCCGUUCUGGCGUUAUGUUUGGGGUGGCGAUGAAUUCGCUCAUUCUGUCGCUUCUUCCUCACCGGGUGCUUGCGCUCGCCCAGCUGUUCGGCUAUGAGGGCAAUCGAACUGAAUCUCUGAAGUUGUUGUAUGCGAUUGGGGGCUGGACUAAGGAUAGCGAUGAACCUAUGGUUGGGAACAGGAGGAGGGUGUGAGAAGACCUAUGGCAGACAUUUCACUCCUUAUCUUUCACCUUGUUCUGAGUAAUUACACUUAUAAAGGCGUUGAUUUAUCCAUGCACAGGCCCGAAAAAUCC